AUGAUUCACGGAGAGGAAGAAACGUCCGACCGUUCAAAACGCGCAUUAGUGAAAUAUAUCAGCUACGAGGGCAGUCCGCAAUUGGAUAAGAGCGUACGAGGUGAUGCUAUUGAAAUAUGUCAGAUUGUGAUGGAUAUUGAGGAGGUGGACGCUGAGAGCAUUUUCCCUCUAGUGGAAGUAUCUGGAAUUAGGAAGCAUACAGUCAAAACUUCAAGAAAAUUGUCUUUAUGCUGCAAAUUGUGCUUUGCAAUUGGAGGUGCUCCAUAUGAAGUGGUCGCUAGUGCAAUAGGGUUCUUCCUGCAAAUUUAUCUACUUGAUGUAGCGCAGAUAACUCCAUUUUGUGCCUCUUUAGUAUUGUUCAUUGGAAGAGCUUGGGAUGCUAUUACUGAUCCAGCUGUUGGAUAUUUAAUCAGUAAAAGCAAAUGGACGAAGAUUGGAAGAUUAAUGCCCUGGAUUAUCGGUUCUACACCUUUUGCAGUUGUGUCCUACAUUCUCCUGUGGUAUGUGCCACCAAUGAAAGAAGAAAAGUUCCUUUGGUAUUUAGUUUUCUAUUGUCUGUUCCAGACUCUGCUUACAUGUUUCCAUGUGCCGUACUCAGCCCUCACUAUGUUUCUGAGCAGCGACCAGAAGGAGAGAGACACAGCAACUGCGUACCGUAUGACGAUGGAAGCAUUUGGAACAAUGAUUGGAGCUGCUGUCCAAGGUCAGAUUGUUGCACAGGGCCAUGCUUCCAGUCACUGCUUUCUGCAGAACAAAUCAGUUGCCAGCACCAAUUCCACUACGAUAAACAGCCAACUUGAUGGCAACAUCAGCACCUUGCAACCAAAAGACUUACUUUCUCAAACGAAAGAUUCGUACAUGAUUGCUGCUGGUGUUGUAGGAGGCAUUUACAUUUUUUGUACAAUUAUUCUGUUCUUUGGUGUGAAAGAGAGAGAUGACCCCUACACUGUGAAGUCAGGCAAACCAAUUCCUUUCCUAAAAGGAAUGAAACUUGUGAUGAGACAUGGCCCCUAUGUGAAGCUGACUACAACUUUUCUCUUCAUAUCUCUGGCCCUUCAGCUUGUCGAGGGGAAUUUUGCUCUUUUUUGCACCUAUGCUGUGGAUCUUCGACAUCAUUUUCAAAAUAUUGUCCUGACAAUUCUGGUAUCUGCUGUGGUAGCCAUCCCAUUCUGGCAAUGGUUCCUACAAAGAUUUGGGAAGAAAACUGCAGUUUACUGUGGCAUUACUUGGAUUAUUCCAUUUUUAAUUAUGAUGGUUUCCAUUCCAAAUAACCUGAUUGUAUUCUACGUGGUGGCGGUCUCCUCAGGUCUCAGCGUAGCUUCAUAUUUCCUUUUGCUGUGGUCCUUGCUGCCGGAUGUCGUUGAUGAUUUUAGACUUAAAAACCCAUUCAUAAAAGGACUAGAACCUAUAUUUUGUUCAUUUUACGUUUUCUUCACUAAGUUUGCUGCUGGUGUUUCUCUUGGGUUCUCAACACUGAGCCUUGAUUUUGCAGGCUAUGAGACUGGAGCAUGCACUCAGCCCCCUCCUGUGGCUUUCACCCUGAAACUGUUAGUGGGAGCAGCACCUUCAGGACUAAUAGUCAUUGGGUUAUUGAUAUUCCAGUUUUACCCAAUAACAGAAGAAGUCCGAAUGAGAAAUAAAUUGGCACUCCAAGAGCUAAGGAACGACAGGCAGAACUGUGAACAUCCAUUGAAUGACAUGCGGAGAAUAUUAUGACAAAUAUCAGGACUGAACGUGACAAACAUUUACAAGCCAUAGAUUCCACCAUCUGCAGGAAUUGUUAUUGCUGCAGUACCUGUGUAUAUUACACUGAUUGCAAACGGCUAUUGCAAUGAUUUAUACUUUAAUACACUUUAUGCAGUUAUUUUAUAAAUUUAAAAUAUUGAAUUGAUUUCACAUAAAAAUAAUUGAUGUGCAAACGGUUAAUUUAAUAUUGUGUGAAGGAAUGCAUAGUAUUCAUACAUUUCCUUUUAUUUACUAGGUUUUUCCAAUUUUAAUUUAUUGCAUCAUAAUUACUAACAGGACUUUUGUGAUAUUAUUUUAUAUUUGAGAAGCAUCAUUUUUCUCUUAAUAAAUUAUUAAUGCUUUUAGAACAAUGUAAAUAUUUGGAGAACAAAAUUGAACUUUUUGCAUUCUUAAGUAAUGAACUACCAAAAGGAAUAUUUAUAAUGAAAUUGCAUUAUUGGCAAGUUAAGUACUUCAUUAUUCUUACAAAACAAAAUAUAUAAAACAAUCAAAAGAUUAGAAACUGGACACUACAAUAUUCAUGUAAUUGACAUAAAAUGCUAUUCAAUCUCCAAAAUCUGAUCAUUUGGUUGGGAGUUUUGAAAUAUACGUACAUGUUUACACACCACUGUUACAGUAAUUACAACUACUGUAAUUUUCCAAAUUGCAAUAAGUAGAAUAUUGACCAGUCAUAUUAUUACAAAGUUUCCACAGUGUUGAUUUAGUGGAAUUUAAGUGGUCAUCGAGUUGCAAUGCAAGUGAUUAAAUGAUAUUGUAAAUUAGUGCACGGAUCCUUUAUCCUUAAUGCAGAAUGUAAGUUCACUGAAUCUGUUUGAUCAUUUUAAAUGAUCCAUUGUGAAAUAAUUGACUUAGACUGUCUAGUAAAGUACUUGAGAGCACAAAUUCUAAGCCCACACCAGUACAAAGUUUGGAGUCAGAUUUAGUGUUGAGGAACAUUGGAUACCCACUACAAGACAAGGCCGUAAAUGUAUUGGAAGGUACUUAACUGAGAUCAAAGACAGAUCAUGACAUUCUGUGUGACCAUUCUAUCAUCUCGCAGGGCUUGAUAAGACAGUGUAUCCAAGAUUUGCAAACAAUUCAAUUUUCCAACAUUAACAUCCAUCAUACAUAAAAUUAAUCGUUACAUUUUUCUAAAAGAAUGUCCAGAAAUAACCAUAUUUUUUAAAUAGGAAAAUUACAGCCAAAAUAAACAAUUGGAACCAAUUUUUGUUUUGUUUCAUGGAGAAGUGUUUAGAUUAACAUAUCACACAAUGACAUGUUAGGGCUUUAUUCUUUGGAGCGCAGAAGGUUAAGGGGGGACUUGAUAGAGGUUUUUAAAAUGAUGAGAGGGAUAGACAGAGUUGACGUGGAAAAGCUUUUCCCACUGAGAGUAGGGAAGAUUCAAACAAGGGGACAUGACUUGAGAAUUAGGGACUGAAGUUUAGGGGUAACAUGAGGGGGAACUUCUUUACUCAGAGAGUGGUAGUUGUGUGGAAUGAGCUUCCAGUGAAGGUGGUGGAGGCAGGUUCGUUUUUAUCAUUUAAAAAUAAAUUGGAUAGUUAUAUGGAUGGGAAGGGAAUGGAGGGUUAUGGUCUGAGCGCAGGUAUAUGGGACUAGGGGAGAUUAUGUGUUCGGCACGGACUAGAAGGGUCGAGAUGGCCUGUUUCCGUGCUGUAAUUGUUAUAUGGUUAUAUUAUAUGGUAAUGACAUCUUUAAUACAUGGUCCAAUUUAGAUUUGUUUACUUUUUUUCAAACUUAGAUUACUGUUUUGAUUGUAUUCAUCUUUGGUGGUAGAAUAUUGAAAGUGAUAGAAAGGAUUAUGAGUAAAUGAGUAUUUUAGGUGGGCAAUUCUCACUGCCUGUUGCAGCCACCAACCAACCUUAAAAAUCAGUAUUUACAUAUCUUGGUAAACCAAUGAUAGUUUUUUUUUAAAGUGAUGAAUAUAAUCAACAUCUUUAAAAGACAGGUUAUAACCCAAAGCAAGGGUUGGAUUUUAAGACAAGGUCUCCGAUACAGUUACAGGUUAGGAGUUUCCUCUAUAUAACAUCUGCUUGCAAGUAAACAAGCCCAAUGUCUUGAAGGACUGGACUGUACCUCUGUGAACAUUGGACUUCUUCCCUUGGUUUUCCCACUGAGCAUUUUUUCACAAUCUUGCAUCCAAACAAGGAGCGCAAAAGAGAUACAAUUUCAGAGACAGUGUGCUAUUGUGUCAGUGUACAUUUGCAGAGUAAAAUUAUUUUUAAAGUCACAUCAGCAGCCAUGUCCAGAUCAACUCUAUGGGAGAACAGCUCCGUUACAACCAAUUCCAAUACUUUCUGCUCAUGUAUUCUUGGAAUUGGACAGAUUAAUCACUUUCUCCUCAUGCUGAAAAAACAACUAAUAUCUCAACAGAAAAAGAUUUGGUCAAUUAUAAUUUGUAAUACACCGUAAUGCAUCACAGUUCUAGGAAUUUAUCUUGGGGAAUCAGUGGUUUAUAUGCAUUACAUUCCAAAAAUAAUCAAGAUGACGAUUUAAGAGCAGUUAUUUUAUCCCUGUCUGUUCAUAAUUUCCAAGUCAAAAGCUGAGCUGAAAUUUAUCAGUACAGGUAUUUGGAAUAUAUUCAAAAAUAAUGCUUUCAAAUUGCUGUUAUGACAUCCAUGGGAUUAAUUUGCAGCCUACUGUACGUGAUCUUCCAUAUAGUCUCAUACAAGUGUUUAUGUGUUGAUAGGUUCAAAAUACAGGAGCUGAGGCUUGGGAGAGUUCUCUUCAUUUGAGUUCUUUUCCGCUCUUAGAUAAGCAUGAGGGAACUUAAGGGAGAUGAGUAAGAGAGGAAUUGUGAGCAUUAUUUGGAAAAUGCUGGAGACCAAAGGAACAGAGCCCAGCAAGCAGGUAAAUGGCUAGGUGGAAGGUUUGAAACACCACUGCAACUCCUUGCCUCCUAGUCCCAGAACAGAUAUAAAUAAAAUCAAAACAACAUGUCCUAUAUUUUAGUUUUCUGUCCUCUUGCUCAGUUGGUCUGAUGGGAAAACAGCAACAUAAAGAAUGGAAAGAAAAUUAAACAUUAUGUGCAAGUAUAUCUAAUACUGUAGGGAACAUGGAAAUAUCUUUCACCAGAUUUAGUUGAUCAAAGUUAGAGUUUGUGGUUGUUACAAAAUUAUGGUAAUGGAAGCACAAAUCAGAACAAUAGCUUCCAUUUAAAUAUAUCAAUAAUGCAAGAUGUAUCAAGCUUCUUAUCAAAUACUGUUUCACUCCAGGCCAAACAAGGAUAUGAUGGCAUUAAGAAGUAGGUUUUAAAACAUGCCUUAAAAGGUGAAAAAAUAUGAAGUGAAGGGCAGAGCUUUAAGGAUGGUAUUUCAAAAUAUAGGAACAUGGCAACUGGGACAGUCUUCGAGCAAUUACAUUUGAUUAAGAAGAUGGGGCAGACACUGAAGUAAGGAGUAAAGGGCCUGUCACACUUCGGCGUCAUUUGCACGACAUCAUUUACGCGUCAUGAUGCACGACGUGUGCAUGGUACACAUUACGUGUGCAUGGUGCGUGGUAACGUAGGCAGUGAUGCGCGGUCGCGCAUGGCGCUCCAAGAUUUUGGGAUGUACAAAAUCUCCGUGCGCCAUCUGUGUGAUGCGCAAAUGACGCCCAAGUGGGACAGGCCCUUAAGGAUACAACAGGUAACUGAUAAUGAAUGUACCUGUCUUCAGUCUACUGGAGAAGGGAGUGGGGGUGUUUGAGUGUGUCGAUGUGAACUGAGCAGUGGAAUAAUGACAUUGUUUCUCAACAUGGUGAAAUCAAAAAAUGACCAUAUAAUUUUUAAACAAUGUAUAGUUCAUUUCACUUUCCAAGCAAAUAAGCCUAGUGGUGCUGUUGACAUUCAUCAUUACAAUAAAACGUUGAAAAUCUGUCAUAAACAGAUCUAAAAUGAUGGUUAACAUAAUCAUAACUUAUUCAUCUACCUCAACCCUGUUUUGACGAAUGCAAUCAACCCGGCAAGCACAAUCAAAUAAGAUCAAAUAGAACAAGUUGUCCUACAACUUUAGGCUAUGCACGCAAGAAGAUUCAUCUACCUGUAUAAGAACUACCUGGAUGGAGAGAUUUGCUUCAAAAUGAUAUUUUGCAAACUUCCAUUAUUUGAACACAGUUUUGUAACAUAGCUAGAGUAGACUGGCCAGGGUCAAAUGGAUAAUACACUUAUAUCAGCUCUUCAAGAACCAAUCAACCUUUUUUCCAUUUAGCAUGACAAUGUUGCAUCCAUAAUCCAUGUGUUCUGUAAUGAUUGCCUGUGUGGGCAUGCUUGAACAAAUUUGCAUGCUGAUUGGCCAAAACAUUUUAAAUACACUCCCUGGUGAA